AUGAGUGCAAAUGCAAUCUAUCGGCUUCUGGGCCCUGCUCUCUUCUCCACCAUUGUUGCAGCCCAUGGUCACAUCUCGAAUGUGGUGAUCAAUGGCGUAUCCUAUGCCGGAUGGGAUAUCGGCAGCUACCCUUACAUGGCUACACCCCCAACGGUGAUCGCAUGGGGCACCCCAAACACUUCCAAUGGUUUCAUUACUCCAGUCGGGCCAGAUGAGUAUGGAUCCACGGAUAUCAUCUGCCAUAAAGAGGCCACCAACGCCAAAGGCCACGCAGUGGUAGCUGCGGGUGAUAAGGUCUUCCUCCAAUGGACCCCAGAGUGGCCUUCGUCGCAUCAUGGACCUAUCGUUACCUACCUCGCCAAUUGCGGCACGGGUGGCUGCGAGACUGUCGACAAGACCAAGCUCGAAUUCUUCAAGAUCGACGGCGUCGGAUUGAUUGAUGACUCAACUCCCCCUGGCACCUGGGCGGAUGAUGAGCUCAUCGCCCAGGGCUCGGGAUGGAUGGUCGAGAUUCCUCCCACUAUUGCCCCCGGAAACUAUGUCAUGAGACACGAACUGAUUGCACUCCACAGUGCAGGCAGUGCAGGCGGGGCUCAGAACUACCCCCAAUGCUUCAACCUUCAAAUCACCGGCUCGGGAACAGACAAGCCCGCUGGCGUCGUGGGUACGAGCUUGUACAAGUCGACGGAUCCCGGCAUUCUCAUCGACAUCUACCAGUCACUGUCAACCUAUGUCGUCCCAGGACCUACCCUUUACAGCGGCGCUGUCUCAAUCAAACAAGCCACCUCGGCAAUCACAGCAUCGGGCACGCCAGUGACAGGGGCCGGCGGUGCAGCUCCCACAGGCUCAACCACCAAGAGCACCUCAACUACACUGAUCACUGUUCCAACCACUAGCACCAAGACAACGACUACUACGAAGACCACGACUACUGCUGCCGGUGGCGGUGGAGCCACUCAGACUGUCUAUGGACAGUGCGGUGGUAACGGUUGGACAGCACCAACGGCCUGUGCGUCGGGUGCGGCCUGUUCUUCCCUGAACCCUUAUUACUCCCAGUGUGUCCCAACUGGUGUUUGA